AGGUUGAUUUUUUUUUUGAAGGCAUGUUGGGCGAUAAGUAAUGCAUUAAGUGGAGGAAACGGGUCUCAGGUGGCGACAUUGGUUCGCGAAGGCAUCAUAUUACCGUUAUGUGAUCUCUUGACUGUGAUGGAGCCAAAAAUAGUCAAAGUUACUUUAAAUGCUCUCGAUAAUAUUCUGCGACAUGGUGAAAAUAUUCGGAGUAAAUCAAAAACAGGCAUCAACCCAUAUUGUGCGCUCGUUGAAGAAGCAAGAGGAUUAGAGAAACUCGAAUUUCUGCAGCAGUUCGUUUUUCAUUUCAUUUAUUUUUCAUCUUUUCAGCUAUUUUCUUAUUUUAGAAACAGCGAAAUUAAACUGAAAUCCCCAAGGCUUUAGAGUCCAAAUCUGGAAAUAUAUGUGAAAGCAUUUGAUAUUAUUGAGAAUUAUUUUGCUGGUGAUGAAGUUGAAGAAGUUGAUGAGGAAGACACCGUACCGCCAGCAGAUCCAGCCUCAUUCAACUUCUGA